GUUGAAACUGGAAAUGGAUCAGGAGAGAUGUACUGCAAUGAAAAAAAGUGGAUGGUUAAGAAACAGCUGAAUCCAAACUAAAAGAAGCAGACUCGUAGAUUAAGAGAUUGACUUGGAUAAACCUGUAGUAAUCCCAGAAAGAGUGAAAGAAAAGAAAAUGCCUCAUGUGCCAGAGUUUGUGAGAAAUGUAAUGGGAUCAAGUGCAGGAGCUGGCAGUGGAGAAUUCCAUGUAUAUCGUCAUCUCAGGAGGAAGGAAUAUGCAAGACAAAAGUUUAUCCAAGAAAAAAGUGAAAAACAAUUACUUGAAGAAGCUUAUCACCAAAAACUUUUAGAUAAUAUGCAAGCCGCAGAAGAAAGAACUGCCAAGAAACGAGCCAAACGAUUGCGUAAAAAACAAAACUAUAAAAAGAACAAACUGCUCAAACCUAAAUUGAACAAUAGCGGUCAAUCCCAAACAGAAAGUGAAUCCGAGGAUAGGAGUGAAAGCGAAGCAGACAAAAACAGAGAGGAGGAAGAAGAAAAUACUGUGAGUAGAAAUGAAGACAUUAGUAAUACAGAAGAAUGCAAGCAACAAAAGAAUACAGAAAAUACAAAGAUUAGGAAUAAUUCUGAAGAAGACGAAAAUGUUGAAACUGGAAAUGGAUCAGGAGAGAUGUACUGCAAUGAAAAAAAGUGGAUGGUUAAGAAACAGCUGAAUCCAAACUAAAAGAAGCAGACUCGUAGAUUAAGAGAUUGACUUGGUAAAGAUGCAUGAUUACAACAGAUAUUUGCUUCUGUAAAUAUGUAAUAUAGUUUAAUUCUAAUGAAA